AUGAUGGCGCCUCCACCUCCUGCGGCGAGCGGGGGUCCGGGUGGUUCGUUGCCACCCGGUGCGGUCGGUACUACGACUAACAACUCUGCAGGUGGUGCGAGCUCUUCCAGCACCGGACCUCUCCCAUCUUCGAUGACUAACAUACAGCUCCACCAGCACCAACCGAACCCCGCGACGUCCAAACUCCCGUUUGACCCUACUGUUCUGCUCGACACCACCACACCCUGGGGGGACGACCGAGUGCAGCUUUUGGACGUUAUGGUGGAGAUCAUGUACAGCCAGAGCGUCGAAAUCAUCGUGAAGGCGAUGGAGAGCGGGAAUUUGCAGAUAGGCGGCGCAAGCUCCUCCUCUGCUUCAUCUGGUCAGGGUGGCGGUGCUGCUCUAGGUUUACCAGCGCAUCAAAUAAACCCUGGUGGUGCUUCCUCGUUCAACCCACACACUUUGACGAAGCAGGACCAGAAGCAGAUCGUGAAAUUCGCGCACGAAAUCCUUCACCAGUUGAAGGACAGACCGGACGCGUGGCGCCUGGUGGACACGAUUCUGGCGAAGUCGCAGAACCCCGCGAGCAAAUUUUUCGCCCUGAAUCUGCUGGAGGAGUGCAUCAAGUCGAAGUGGCGGCUGCCGGACCUGCCGCGGGAGCAGAUCAAGGCCUUCGUCACGGAUCUGCUGAUCAAAGUUUCCCGAAACGCAGAGGUGGUCCAGAGGGAAAAGCAGUUUGUCACGAAACUGAGCGAGGUUUUGGUUUGCAUCGUGCGGCAGGACUGGCCCCACAACUGGCCGGAAUUCAUUCCGGAAAUCGUCGGCGCCUCGAAGGUGGACCCAACGCUCUGUGAAAACAACUUGAAGAUCCUAGCGAUGCUCUCCGAGGACGUGUUUGAUUUCGGGGAGAAAACGAUGGUGAGUAAGCGGGUUUUGACCUUGAAAACAAGCCUUUCGCAGCAGUUCACGCAGGUGUUCGAACUCUGUAUGUUUGUCUUCGAAGUCUUCGUGCAGCAGGCGCCCGGGACGAUCAAACCGUCGCUGGUAAAGACGACGCUGCAGACGCUGAGCAAAUUUCUGUCCUGGAUUCCGCUCGGGUACGUGUUUGAGACGGAUUUGAUUCCGAUCUUGUUCAACCAUUUUUGGGACCCGAUAGAGUUUCGGAUGGAGUGCAUCUUGUGCCUGAACGAAAUCGCGAUUCUCACGCCGGAAUCCACGCCAGGGCUUUCUUCUAGUAGCACUACGGCCAUUAUGUCCGCCUCUGCGGGUGUUGCGAGUGCGACAACGGCGUCCGCGCAAUACCGGGAUAAGCUGCUGGAGUGCUUUGUGGCCACCAUUCGAAAGAUCGCAACCACACUGCCGAACGGUAUUCUCGACCAGGUGCGAGCGGGGGACGGAUUCAGCACACACAUGAUCCAGCAGUGCGCACUGCUGGUCACGUCGUUUCUGAAGCACCACUUUGAGGCGGUGGACGAAAGGUGGGAUUCGCUGUCAACGGCCUUGAACUUUUUGGUCGAGGUCACCGCGGUGCCGGAUGAAGAGAUUUUCAAACUUUGCGUCGAAUCUUGGGACUUGAUCGCGGGGAGGCUAUAUUUACACGGGGAACAGAGUACUUGAUGCUUUUUAUGUGCAUUGCUUUGCAAUCUUGCGAUGGUUGGUUCUUGUAUGCAUGUCAACCUCUUGAUAGAUUCAUUUGGAUGUAUCUUGCUCAUCUAUAUCCCCAGGUCGCAACGCGUGGCUCCGCGAGCAGAACGGGAACAACAUCAUCCCGGAGCUGCAAAACGACGAAAUGUCGAUGAUCAACGGCAUGCUAGUGCGGACGCAGCAUCGCGACAGCGCACAGGACGUGAUCCGCACAGAGCUGAACGACAACAAACUCAAGCGGUUCUCCCCGGUCUUAUCUCGGGUGCGGGAACUCCUCGUGCUGCGCAUGGUAAAGCCGCCGGAGGUCACCAUCCGGGAGAACGAGGAGGGGCACAUCGUCCGGCAGGCGGAGGACGACACCGACGAACUCGCGCUGUACAAGAUGAUGCGGGGGAUCUUGGUGUACCUCUGCCACCUGAAUCCCGAGCACAUGGACAAGCUGAUGCUGGAAAAACUCUCCCAAGAGGCGCAGUUGGCGCACAGCAUGAACAGCGAGCCCUCGCCCGGACCCGGCGGCGGCGGCGGCCAAAAUCCGUUGCGGAACCGGUGGUCGCCCGGCAACCUGAACCGCUUGUGCUACGCGAUCGGGUCCGUCUCGGGGGCUCUCUCUGAGAACCACGAAAAACGGUUUCUCGUGUCCGUGAUCAAGGACUUGCUGGCCUUGUGCGAUCUGAAGCGGGGGAAGGAAAACAAAGCGAUUGUGGCCAGCAACAUCAUGUACGUGGUGGGGCAGUAUCCGUCCUUCUUGCGGGCGCACUGGAGAUUUCUGAAAACCGUGAUCUUGAAGCUGAUCGAGUUCAUGCACGAGUCCUUUCCGGGCGUGCAGGAAAUGGCCGUGGACACACUGUUGCGGAUCACGCAAAAGUACAUAACUGAUUCAGCUACUAAAGCACUGCGCAACUUGUUGUUCAAUCGUGCUAUCACUUCCACUGCGACAAUGUCUUUCGAUUCUGCUGCCUUAUUCAGGAUCACGACGUUACUGAUAAACUAAUAGCACUUUUAGUUAUCAGUGCUGUCAUGAAUAAUUUUUUUCUGUGUAAAUAGAUCAUAUUACCUUUACUGUUUUCCUGAACUUUUACGUUAUCAGGUGCAAGAAAAAGUUUGUGACGACCCAGCCGGACGCGGCGGAACCGUUUCUGGUGGAACUUCUGGAGAUGACAAAAUCCAACAUCAACGACCUAGACCACCUGCUGAUCACCACCUACUACGAGUCCAUUGGCAUGAUGAUCGGCGCCGCGCGGCCUGUGGACCGGGAGCAGUAUGUGGAAAAGCUGCUCUCUAUCUUCAACGACAUCUUCGUCAAUACCAUCCGGCACAUCCAGAUUGACCAAGGGAAAAGCCUCUGCGAAAACAUUGACGAACUCAAGCGAACGGCGUUGGUAUAGAUACAACUGGUGCGUCGGAUUAACUUAAACGUAGAAUUUCUUGGUUAGUGACAGUAAAUAGUUCAGCUUCUUGGCUGCAAGUUGACAACUUCGACUUUGGGUCCUUCUCCUUCACGACGCAUGCUAGAUAUAAAAGAAUGCAGAAAGAACUCCGGGUCCGGAAAUAUCAAAAACCACAAAUAAAUUUCAGUACCUCCGUUUGAAUGAGCGCGUUGCCGGGACCGUCGGCCUAGCUUUCACCAAGCAAUUUCGCGCGGUUUACAGCUCUUCACUGCAGCUCUACAAGCUAUUCUCGCAGUACAUUGGGCAGAAGACCGCGGAAAUGAUACAAAUGCACCCGAAUAUGAGCAACUCCGGCGCGAAUGCCUUGAAGCUCGCCAACGUCCGGCAGAUGCGAACCGCGAAGCGCGCAACCCUAAGGCUGGUGACCACGUACCUGAAGAAGUGCUCCGCAACCGCGCUAGCCGCAGAGCAGCAAGCCGACCUGAACACCUUCGGCCCGAACGACACCACGCAGCAGUCCCAGCAGCUGUUCCUGCAAUUACAGCAAGAUCCCGCUGCCUUGGAGCAGGAGGUCGCGACCUUCGUCGUCCCCCCUUUGCUCGAGCCGGUGCUGCAGGACUACCAAAAUGGUGUGCCGGAAGCGCGGGACGCGGAAGUGCUGGAUUUGCUGACAACGUUAGUGACGCAGUUGGGAAAGCCGAUAUCAACGGAGAUGCCGCGCAUCUUCGACAUGAUUGUCGCGCCGACGCUGCGGAUGCUGGAGAGCGACAUGCAGAGCUUCCCAGACCAUCGGAUCAAAUUGUACUACCUUCGUCCUUCAUUUGUUAGAUGGAAUGAUAGUCAGAUGGAAUCAUGAUAGAUAGUGAUAGACAUAGAUCUAGAUUUUCAUUUUGCCAAUUUCUGUUCUUUCGAAUUUUUCAGCAGCUUUGCUUCGUUGUCUUUUCGAGUUUUCGACGCGUCCACCUGCGAAACAAAUUAUAUCACUGAUCUAUCACGACAGGUUCGACCUCCUUUCCGCCGUGAACCGUGACUGCUUCAGCUCUCUGUUCAGCUUGCGCGAUGACAUGAUGCGGUUGUACCUGAAUUCCCUCCUCUGGGGUAUGAAGCACGAACAUCCCGUCGUGUCGCAAACCGCACUGCAGAUUCUCUCGCAGUUUCUGCAGCAGGUGCUAAAAUCCCUACCGCCGGAAGCGUCGAAGCCCUUCUUUCGCGAGUUUUAUGCCUUGAUUUUGAAUGCGGUUCUGGGGAUUCUGACCGACACCAUGCACACCAGCGGGCUGAAACACCAGGUGGAGAUUUUUUUGGAAUUGGUUCGCGGCUGCCACGACGCUUCGCACGACAGCACAGGUGCAGGACCACUUGGCUUAGGUCCAGGAGGCUUCGCGUCCACGCAGCAGCCCGGUUCUGGCGGCUUAGCGGCUCUCUCGCUGACCAACGACCCAGCUGCAUCCUCUUCCAACCUAGUACCUUCUGACGGUGCGAGGACAAAAAACCCGCUCGCGUUCUCGCAGAAGGAUAUCCAGGAAAAAACAUCCAUCCCCAUCCAAUUUGUGAUGCAAAACAUGCAUAAAGUCCACUAUUUGUCAUGCAAAACAUGGAUGGGGAUGGGUGUUUUUUCCUGGAUAAAGGAGUGCAUGCAGCUGUUAGUCGAUUUCUUCCAGAAUACGUUUCCGAAUACGUUGAACCAGACGCAAAUUGAAACCUUUGUCUAUCCCACGAAAAAACUGCUUCACUGUGAUGAUUUUGUACGAAUCGCAUCACAAGUUUGCUACACAUGACACAGAAAAUUUGCCAUGCGCGUUUCCCAAGGGAAAACACGCUUGAAAAUCCAGUGUCUUGUAGGUGUAGCAAGACAAAUAGUUCUGUGCUCCAUUUUCUGCAUCACAAGUUCACAGUGAAGCAGUUUUUUCUUGCGAUAUGGUUCUCGGAUUGUUCAAUACGUGCCAGCAGGCAAACGAGUUCUCCGUCCACGUUUCGGAUUUCUUGAAGGAAGUAAAAGUCUUCGGCGGCGCCGAGGAGGAGUGGCGGGCGGCCCGGGACGAGGCCAUGCGACUGCAGAAGCAGCAGGAGGAGGCAAAACGGGCACGCGUGCCGGGGAUGCUUUUGCAGUACCAGGAAAUCAGAAGGCUGGAUGACGACGACGAUCUGUAGUAGGGCUAUGGACAUCAUUCAACAUGCGGCCGAUGUUCGGCUUUGGAUCUGAUUGAUUUCGAUUUCAUUCGAUAGAUAGCGACACGUGUCAACAUAGAGCAUACAACAAGAACCUACUUCAUCACUAGAAGUGACAAAAUACGAUAAAAAGUUGAAUUUGCGACAAGAGCAAUCACAAAAUGGAGAAUAAAGAAACGAACUGAAUCUCUGGCGGCCGGCGUGGCCUCUACUUUUUGCGCAUCUCCGUGGAGAAAAUAACAUAAAGUACAAUGAAUUACGACCACUCACGCGUCUCUUCAUCAUCAUAAAUUGAUGGCUUCUGAUGUGUCAUGACUUUCUGCACAUUCAGCGAACUCUUGUUUUAU